CGUGUAUAUGCGGGCAUUAAAUACCAGCUUUCGGUCUUUAGCAGUCACAUAACUGUGCGUUUGCAGUGACGCGCGGCGAAGUGUGCCCUUUUGUCGCCGGUAGGACGGUUGUACGAUUGCGGUUUCUGUUUCGGACACGCGCUUUGGUUGUGACACAGGAUGCUUUGUAGCAGCUGGCGGGCAGGAGCUGAGCUGGCUGCCCGGCUGUGAAGGCAGCUGGAGGCGGGUCAGAUAGCGGCUUUCCUUCCUCUCUCGGAAGCUUGGCUAUUCUCAUUGCUGAAUGGCUUGUGCGGUUCGACGUUCAAGCAGUGCCUUGAAGAGAAGAGAAUCGUAGAAUCGCUUAAGGGACCCCUAAAGGCCACCUGGUCCCACUCCCUGCACUGAACAGGGAUGCCUACAGUUCCAUCAGGUGCUCGCAGCCCCCCUGCCUGACCUCGGCUGUCUCCAGGGAUGGGGCAUCCACUGCCUCUCUGGCCAAAUUUGGUGCUGUUUAUGUGGCAGCAGUGAUAUAUACGAAGAUCUGAGGACAGUAAGUCAAUCCAGGCUGGCACAAACUAAAUACAUAAAUUUUAUCAUCUCCCUCUCGCAACAAAAGCAUUGGAACAACUGCAUUUAGAGCAAAAUAUGCUUUCGGUUUUGUUGCUGUCCAGGAGAUGCUGGUUGUUUCCUCAUAGCUUGCUGAGCUCUGUGCUUCUUUCAAGCACUGCUCUUGCCACAUCGUACUGCUUGAAAUCACUGUAGGAUUACCUUUACACCCUGUACCUCCAUCUCACAGUUUGUUUGCUUAGUUUGUGUGGCUUGAAACAAAGAUAUUGUAAAACAGGUUGUAAAAAUAGGCUUCCUGAAAUCUGCAGAACAUACUCUACAAGAUUUUUUUAAAAGGCAGUUGCUUGCUGCUUGCUUUUUUAUAUUUGCUUGUGACUGAAAGCUCUUUUUACCCAAGCUUUCAGGAGUAUCAAGGGGCAGAAGAAGUUCUCUAUUAAUUUUUUUUGAAGUGUUGUCCUGAUUUCUUUCCCUGUCCCUUUUAGCAUGAGAUCAUUCUCCACAGGGAAAUGUGAGUUCUGCUUGACAGCGUAUGACAUCAUUGCAUUACCUCGACUAGGAUGAGGUAAUUCCUAGUCCGUUUGAAUCAGCAUCAUCCUGCAGGGAGCAUUGCUGUCACCCUGAUGGGUGCUUUAGAGCAGAAAGCAUGGAUUUGCAUGCCUAGUAAGGAAACAGGUCUCUCUUUGUGGAUGUCUCUUGCUUUUUAGAGAAGUGCAAGUGACUUGGUGCACUAAGGCAUUCAGAAACUCACAAAUGUUAAAGGAGAUCUACGUAUUAUGAUAUAGUUCUCAAGUCUGGAAUCAUCUUAUGAACCAUAUUUCCUGAUUACGUCAGUGCUUCAAGAUACAGAGAAACAGUAUUCAGAAUAACCUUGAGAAUCUUUUGGAGAUACUAAAAUACUGGUAAUCAAGAGCCAUAAUGACUGACAUAAAAGAUGGACCACACUUAGGGGAAGAUCUGUCAGAUGCAAAAUCUUUUCCUGGUUCCAAAGGAAUGAACUUACCUGCUAGCAAGUCUGUGGACUCUGGAAUUCUGCCCGAUGACAGUUACAGAAUGGAUUAUCCAGAGAUGGGAGUAUGUGUUAUAAUAAACAACAAGAACUUCCACCGAGAUACUGGACUGUCAUCUCGUUCAGGCACAGAUGCAGAUGCUGCAAGUGUCAGAGAAGUUUUCAUGAAGCUGGGAUAUAAAGUCAAGCUUAACAAUGAUCUGUCAAGCAGAGAUAUUUUUAAGCUAUUGAAAAAUGUUUCUGAAGAAGAUCACAGCAAACGAAGCAGUUUUGUUUGUGUGUUGCUAAGCCAUGGCGACGAAGGACUCUUCUAUGGUACAGAUGGCCCUCUUGAACUGAAGGUACUAACGAGCCUUUUCAGGGGUGACAAGUGCAGAAGUCUAGCAGGGAAACCCAAACUCUUUUUCAUUCAGGCCUGUAGAGGGACAGAAUUAGAUUCUGGUAUUGAAGCAGACAGUGGACCAGAUGAAACAGUGUGUCAAAAAAUACCUGUAGAAGCAGACUUCCUGUAUGCAUAUUCUACUGCUCCAGGCUAUUACUCUUGGAGGAACGCAGCUGAAGGCUCCUGGUUUAUUCAGUCUCUGUGUAGAAUGCUGAGGGAGCAUGCCAGGAAACUUGAACUCAUGCAGAUUUUAACUCGUGUAAAUCGCAGAGUGGCAGAGUAUGAAUCCUGCUCCACUCGACAGGAUUUCAAUGCAAAGAAACAGAUUCCUUGCAUUGUGUCCAUGCUUACCAAAGAAUUUUACUUUCCUUGCUAAAAAAAAAAAUAAUUGCACUUUGCAAUUUUUCACUUCAGGUUUUUAUCUGUAAUUUAUACACUGUCAGUACGGAAUACCACUUUUAAUUCUGAAUUACUGUUCACUGCCACAUAUGGCACAAUGAACUAUCUGAGAGUUGGUUAUGUCCGUUAUGAGAAGAAACCCAUGGGAUGGCUAAGUUAGAAAUGCAAACCUGGUAGGUGAAACACAGGAAAAUUUGAACACAAUAAGAAUUUGGAAAAAUUAUGAGAAGACUGAAGAGAAGUCACAUCACUUACAAGGCCUACUUGGUGCUACAUUUCACUUUGCAGAAGGAGCAGAGAAAAGCAACAGGUCUUGUAAAUGUUUUGGUUUCAUAUCUUUACCAGUAGGAAGAAGAUUCAGAAUGGGAUCUGUUUGCAAUUAUAGUAAUGUGAUGGUAGUGUCAUUACACAUUUCUUCUUAAAAAAAAAAAAAAAAAAAAUCAAGUUUUUAAAACUUAGGUUAUAAGGUAGCCUAAUAGCCUAAACUUCUUGUAUUACUUCAGAUGUAAACUGUGAAAAACGGCUGUUUCAUUUUUUUACAUGUGCUUAGGAGGCAUCUUUAGAAAUAAGUUCAUUUUUUGUCUUGAUUAUUUUAUAAUUUUUUAUAUGGAACAUUAGAUGAGGUAAUUUUAUCAACACAGUAUCUGUUUCUAAGUAAAUUUGUAUGUUUAGCCUUGAAGCUGAGUAACUAAGGGACCAGUCUUCCCAAAUGCCUUUCUUUUGCAGCUCCUAGGGAGAGCUUUAAUACUCUUGGGGCACAUUUGAGGCCACAAGAUUCAAUGCAAGAUAAAAUCUGCAUUCUGAAAAGCCAGCUCUCCUCUUUCUGACCCUUAAAUUGGAGUGGUUCUGCUUUCUGCAGAUAUUUCACAUCUGAUCUUUGUGGAAGCCGAAAUAUGGUGGUACCAGUGAAAUUUCCUUGUCUGCUAUCGAUUGGGUUAAUUACACAUGUCUUUUAAAAGAAUUUAGUAUGUUAAUGAAUAGUAAAUAUAAGUCUCUUAGUUUUGAGUGGAAUUGGCUUUUAGAAAAUUGUAAAGCAUAUAUGCUUUUGGUGAUGGUUCAGCUUGUGACAGUCUUUUGAUGAACAGAGGAAGGCAUUGGGGCUUGCAAAACAAGACUUAAUUCUUUGUAUUGUGUAGCAUAAAUGAUGUUAGCGAACUGAUGUCUUCUUCCAGAGGCAUUUGGAUUUUUUUAAUUAAAUAUUGUCACCUAAACUGUA